GCGAGAAGGAGGGAAGAAGGGAAGAGAAGAAGGGAAGGGGGCCUUCCUCCUCCUCAGCCUUGGCUGCCCUCUUCCUUUUCUUCCUCCCUCCCUCCCUUUCCCUGGAAGGCACCGGGGGGAUGCGUUUGAGGCUGCCUGAGAAGGGAGGCGAGGAAGAGGAGGGAGGGAGGCCGGGGAGGCCCCGGGGGGCUAGGGCCCGGCAGGCCCGGGCUUGGCAGGGACGGAUGCCGCGGCGGAUGAGCCGGCGCCCGGAGGCUCCCUCUGCUGCUCCCAGGGACCCCCGAGCCGGAGGGGAAGCCUUCAGGAGGAAGAGGGGGCUCUGGAGGGAAAGGAGAAGCAGCAGCAGCGGCCCUGAGAUGAAGAGGAGGAUGAUGAUGGUGUCCCCCCCUCGCCCUCCAGCCCAGCGGCCAUGUUAGCCACCAGGAAGCCUUCUGCCGGAGGAGCCUCUGCCUCUGGCAGCCGGGGAGGAGGGGAGCCCGCCCGCCAGUGCCAGCCUUCCCCGGGCAUCGGGGCCUCCAGGACUGGAGCCGGGACCGGACCGCCUUCCCCCAUCGCUUUGCCGCCGCUCAACCCCACCGCCGCUGCCCCCCAGACGGUUGGUGGAAAUAAGCACACAAUGAAUGAGCACCUCCACAUUACAAGCCAUGGGCAGGUCCAGGUUCAGCAGCUGUUUGAAGACAACAGCAACAAAAGGACGGUCCUGACAACACAACCCAAUGGGCUUACAACAGUAGCAAAAUCAGGAUUGCCAGUGGCUCAAGACAGACUACUGGACAUUGCUCAUAGGCGGCAAGGGAGUGUCAGCUCAUUAAAGUCUGAAGGGCCCAGCAAGCUGAAAGCCUCUCUGAUGACACCUGAGCAAGCCAUGAAGCAAUAUGUGCAAAAGCUAACUGCCUAUGAACAUCAUGAGAUCUUCAGUUACCCUGAAAUAUAUUUUUUGGGUCCAAAUGCAAAAAAAAGACAAGGUGUAAUUGGUGGUCCAAACAAUAAUGGAUACGAUGAUGACCAGGGCUCUUAUAUACAAGUUCCUCAUGAUCAUAUAUCGUACAGAUAUGAAGUCCUGAAGGUUAUAGGAAAAGGGAGCUUUGGGCAAGUAGUAAAGGCCUAUGAUCACAAGAUGCAUCAACACAUAGCCCUGAAAAUGGUGAGAAAUGAAAAGCGUUUUCACCGCCAGGCUGCUGAAGAAAUCAGGAUUUUGGAGCACCUAAAAAAGCAGGAUAAGGAUAACAACAUGAAUGUGAUACAUAUGCUGGAAAAUUUCACAUUCCGCAACCAUAUCUGUAUGACCUUUGAAUUGCUGAGUAUGAACCUUUAUGAGCUCAUCAAGAAAAACAAAUUUCAGGGGUUUAGCCUGCCGUUGGUUCGCAAGUUUGCCCACUCCAUUUUGCAGUGCUUGGAUGCUUUGCACAAAAAUAGAAUCAUUCACUGUGACCUUAAGCCAGAGAACAUUCUGUUGAAGCAACAGGGUAGGAGUGGGAUUAAAGUUAUCGAUUUUGGCUCUAGUUGUUAUGAGCAUCAGCGGGUCUAUACUUACAUUCAGUCACGCUUUUACCGUGCUCCAGAAGUCAUCCUUGGUGCUCGAUAUGGGAUGCCCAUAGAUAUGUGGAGCCUUGGUUGCAUUCUGGCUGAGCUCUUGACAGGUUAUCCUCUCCUACCGGGAGAAGAUGAAGGAGAUCAGCUAGCUUGUAUGAUAGAACUGUUGGGUAUGCCUUCCCAGAAACUAUUAGAUUCAUCCAAAAGAGCAAAAAACUUUGUGAGCUCAAAGGGUUAUCCUCGAUACUGUACCGUUACUACCUUGUCUGAUGGAUCUGUAGUGCUCAAUGGUGGUCGUUCCCGGAGGGGCAAACUGCGUGGUCCACCAGAGAGCCGUGAGUGGGGGAGUGCACUCAAAGGAUGUGAUGAUCCCCUCUUCCUUGACUUCUUGAAACAGUGUUUAGAGUGGGAUCCUUCCCUGCGCAUGACACCAGGUCAGGCUUUACGGCAUCCCUGGCUAAGGAGGCGUUUGCCAAAACCUCCAACUGGGGAGAAGACAUCAGCAAAAAGAAUUACAGAAAGCACUGGUGCUAUCACGUCAAUUUCCAAGUUACCUCCAACUUCAAACUCAGCUUCAAAACUGAGGACUAAUCUGGCACAGAUGACAGAUGCCAAUGGGAAUAUUCAGCAAAGGACAGUAUUGCCAAAACUUGUUAGCUGAGUUUGAAUAAUCCGAUGCUGAUAAAUAAACAUACAAGAGAUAUUACAUCACUGAGCCUUAUUCAUAUGAAAAAGUAGCUCAGAUUUCUAUUUUUAUUUGCUUGGUAACUUUAAACAUUUGUAUUUUUUCAGUACUCACUUUAAAUGUGUAAGAAAAGUUGGUUUUGAUUUUAUAAAAAAAAAAUAACAUGGGGACAAUGCUUUAAGUUUUUACACUUUUUUUAAAGGAAAUGUUUUUUCUUAUAAAUAAUAGCCUUACUAUGGGAUUAGUGUGGCACAAUAAUAAUAGUGUCAGUGGCAGGCCACUGGUUAUGACCUAACCAUCAUACAUAAUAGCUUGAUGGGGAGGGGGGUCUGUGUCCCUGCCCCACACCAUAGUUCAUAUUGGCUUUUACCUGGAGUGGAUUUUUAAUAUUUUCCUAGUCCUUUACGUUUGUUUUCAUUCUAGCACUAGAAACCAAUCCUACAAACAUCUCCCUGCAUUUUUUUCUUUUGGUGAUACAGAAAACAUUCAGGGAUACAAGUAAGAUUCCAUGUGGUUAUAGAUGUUGCGUUCAGAAUAUGGAUAACUGCUGGAUUUAUGCAUAAUAUAUAUAGUUGGCCCUCCAUUUUCAUGGGGGAUCCAUUGCGGACUCCCCUGCAAAAACGGAGGCUCGUGCUUGCACGUGCCAUUGCAAGUAUCAGAGGUCACCCCUCCGCAUAUUUCCAAGGGCGCGGAUGUCAGAUCCGCACAUUAGGAGGAGCGACUGUACUUCCUAUAAAUAUUUAUUAUAUAACAGUAAAAAGGUUGUAUCCCUAAAAGGCACUUCCAUCUGGCACACUCAUACUAGUCACUGCGCAGAACUUAGAAAAGUUGUUCUUAUGGACUGUAACUUCCAGAAUACUUUUGUUGACACAGGAGAUUUUAGGAGUUGUAGACCAAAACAGUAACUUUUUAUACCUCUUUCCCUGUGUUUACUCCUUACUCCACUCAGCUGUUCCAUGUAAGGUGUCCAGAAAAUGGAGUGGAAAUUUUGAGAAAAAGUUAAAUAUAUGCGAUGCUUACUUAUCAAGUCUAAACUUAAGAAGGUAUAAUUUGUGAUGUGGCAUUUAACACUAUACUAUUUGGCACAUCUGUGAACUGGGCAGAGCAAUCCUGUGCAUGUUUAUGCAGAUGCGAGACCUGCUCUGUGUAAUGGAACAUAAUUCUAAGUAGAUAUAUAUGGAAUUAAAACCUGAAAUGUAUAAAUUCCUUAGGCAUCAGGGCUAUGUACUCCUAACUAAGUCCCACUGAAGAUUUACUUAACUGUAACAAUCAACAGUAGACCUGUUCUGCUGUUAGUUUUGUAGAGAGGUGACUGUUCUACACUCUGUGGAUAGGAGAUGUGAAAAAGACUAUAUGGAAUUCAGUGGAGUGCUUCUACACUGCACAAUUACAGUACUAUAUUCCACUUCAGACAGUCAUGCGAUAUCCUAUGGAAUCCUGGGAUUUGCAUUUUUAAGGAGGAGUGUUGUGAACUGUAAGUCAGAGAGCUCUAGUGCCUCACCAGACUACAAGUCCAGGAUUCUACAGGAUGUAGUCUUGGCAGUCAAAGUGGAACAUAGCUCUAUAAUUGUGUAGUGUGGAAAACCCAGAGGUCAAAACGGAUAGAAUGCAAGCAGCAACUGACAUGCAAGGAAGGCCAUCCGUGCUCUUCUGACAAAAAAGACAACACUCUCUUGGUUAGAUGCACAACUCAGUGGCCUUUUGAUAUUUUGGACUACAAUUGUCUGCCAUUGCUCUGGGGUCUCUAUGGGCAGAAACUCAUCUUGGAUUGGAAUUUUUAAAAUGUAUUGAAACUUUUAAUAGGUCCAGAUGUCUUCAGUGGGCAAAAUGUUACAAAAAUUAGGAGGCAUAGUGAAAGAGGCUGUGGGGAAGGCUGACUUGACAUUGCAGUAGUCAGAACAAUCUUUCCUCCUGCUUGCCUGAUUUGGUCAUCAUGGAAGGCGUGGGUCUAAUAAAGGCACUGUACUCAUAAAGAUUGUUUUUUUAAAAAAACAACAACAAUCUUAGUGUUGCAUAUAGCUAUACAUAUGGAAACUAUUAUUCUCUAACGUAGGGGAGGUCAAUUUGUGGCCCAUUUAUGUUGUUAGGCUACAACUCCCACUGUCCCUCAUCAUUAUUUGUGCCAGCUAAAACUGACUAUAAUAUCACACCACACUCUUAUUAUUCCACUUUCACUGCUUUCGCUGCCUCCUGUGUAAUUCUGGGGUUUGUAGUUUAGUAAAGCCUAAGAGCCCUCUGGCUGAAUAUUAUAAAUGCCCCUCCCUAAACUACAAAUCCCAGGAUUUCACAAGGGGCAGCCAUAGCAGUUAAAGUAGAAUAAUACUGCUAUAACAGUGUAAUAUGAUAUUUUCCUAAAUGAAGUACCAGCAUUUGAAGGGCCAAAUGUUGUUAAUCCCUAAUGUUUUAUUCUGGUUUUGCACAGACUUAUUCUAAACCACCAGCUUUUUAUGCAGUGUGGUGAUGUGGGGGUCUAAUGGUCCUAGUGCCUGGCUGCUAAAUAGCCAGUCUGUGAUCUCUUAUAGGUUUGACCACUGAUCCUUUCUCCAUCUGUCACCAUUUAGGUCCAUUAUUAUAGGUAUCCAAGAUCCCAAAACAGUUCAGUUUUACACAUGCUAUGUUUUAAAAAACAGGCUGUGAAUAAUUGGGAUGCAUACAAGUAAUUCACCCUUUGUGGGUUUCAACUCUUGCAUUAACAUCUAUGUUUAAUUCACUUUUAUUCUGGCAAAUUUGUAGGUUUUGUUCAUAAAACUGAGGAUCCAAUUUAACACAAUGAACAAAAUGAGCUGAUUUUACUCCAGAAAUGAAACCUGGAUUAUUUUAUUGCAUUUACUUUUUUGCCAAGACUGGGCUUGAGGCCUAGUGUUUGGCUUGAUAAAGUAAUCACACUAGAAUUUCAAAUCUUGACAUAGGAUUAAGAGGAGUGUAGUUCAAGGUGGUGUAAUGUAUGUGCAUUCAUUUCCAAAGUCCAUCAGGCCUUCCAGUAAUUUUUCUGCAAGUAUGCAGAAAUAAACUCAGUAACCUUUACAAUUGUCUUUAAGAAAAAUGUGAUUACAUCUUUAAAUAGGAGCAAAACAUUCUUCAGAAAUGGUCUAUAUUUGGGUAGUAGAUUAUGUGUUUAAAAACAGAAAGUGGAAAGCGGAAUAAAAAUGGGGUGAAUAAAUACUACUAUAAAAUUGUGGUUAUGAAAGCCAAACUUGUUUGAAGCAAAAUAUUUGGUGCCUGAUCUAUAAGCAUUCAAACCUGUGAUAUGCACAUUUGGGUCCUUUUAUUCUCCCUUGCAUUCUCUGUCUGCUUGAAAGAGGAAUCUUUGCAUUGUCUGCUCAGAAGACCCACCUGAUCUGAACCAAGAUCUUUCCAAACUUCUGUAUACAUUUCAGAAUUUAUUUUUCAGAGACCAUUUUCCGGCACAGUUCCCCAGGAACUUUUGCUGGGUACAGCUAUUAGAUUAAAUGCAGCCUGUGCAAGAGCACCACUGUGUUCAUUCUGUUCAUUGGAUAGACGUGCUGUUGAAUUUGACUUGUCUGAUAGAUUAAAACCUCAUUGACUUACCAUACCUUCAAGUCAAUUAAACUUUCAAAGUCUAACAUAAUUUAGCUCUUUAUAUAACCUAGCUGGGGGUUUCUUAACGAAAAACCUUAAAAGCAAUGUACUAUCUAAAAUAGAGCUCUGCUUCUCUGCUACAAUUGUUGUGAGAUAAAUGUUUCAGCACUCCUGUAGAAAUAACUGGAAAAUGUGGGUCAAAUCAGGUUUCACAGAUGUAGGUGCAGGAGUGUUCAAACAAGUGUGCAUGUUCAUACGUUACUUCAACAUUUUGUUGAACAAGAGCAUUUUGUGUAUUUGUUGCUGGAAAAAACCUUGUGAUGCCAAUGUUUCCCACAACAAUUGUAUUGUGUAGGACUGCCAUUAUCUUCUAGAGGUAUUACUUGAAUAAUUAAGGAAAUGUCUUUUAGAUGUUCCGGUAAUCAACAGAACUACAGUUUCUGUGUCCUUCUUUAUGAAGGCUAUUGCAGAUUUAUUGAAUACUUUGUCCAAGUAUUGACUGGAACAAAUGAGGCUUUUAUCUGUUUUAGUGUACAAGGAAAAUGAAGAAGUAAAGCAACUAUACGAAUAAAUUCAUUUUAGGAUGUCCUUCACAACUCUGGUAAACUUGAGAAGCUUGUACAUGCAGAAAAUCAGAAAACAAUUGCAAUUUUGUGUUAUUCUUUAUGCUGAUAGUUAUUGAAAACAUUGAAGGGAAGAGUAGACAUUGCUGCAGAUUAUUCUGUUUUGUAUGUAUGCAUUCUUCUCAUUGAAAUAAGUUGUCACCAUCUUCCCUUAACUGUGGGAAACAGGCUGUUCUUGAGGUAGGACACUUGGGGUCUGUGCAACUAUUUCUUCUGUACAGUACUAGAAAGGCAAAUUUCUGAUUAGGUAGAUACCAUUUUCGGAUAAAUGUAGUUCAACCUAAUACACUUAUUGCUAUCUUUACAUGGGAAAAGAUGGUCAAGACUCACACAUGACUGAGAUUACUCUCCAGAGAGGAGCAAAUACACAGAAUCUAGUUCUGCAAGGUUGUUUUCCAAAGGGGGGAAAAUGUUAAAAUCAAUGUCACAUAUGCAUUGAUUGAUAUUUGAAGAGUUAUAAGGAGGUUCAGGCAUCAAUUUAAAGGAUUGUGGAUGGUAGAAUAAGGAGCAAUUUGGUUUGGUAGCAGAAAGUUUCAUGACUAAUGUUCAUAACUGUUGACAUGCACAAAUCUAAUUAUAAUCAUUGUAAAAAUGUCUUUUAACUACUUAAAGCAUGGUCCCCAGAGAGGCCAAGAAAGUUUCCGGUCAAUUUCUUUUAAAUAAAAUUUACAUGUUUUUGUUAACUUUCAGUGUUGGAAAUGGGCAUAAAUAACAAAUGAGGAAUUCUCAGGAAACACUACUUGCCAAAAAGAAAAAACCAGCAAAAAAAUAAUAAUAAUAAUAAUAAUAAGCUGAAGAGACGCUUCUCCUUGACAAAUAAUUUAUGACUGAAAGAAGAUGCUUAUUCAUCUUUGACAAUUUACUAACACUUAAUGUCCCCUUUUUGCAUAUGUAACUCUUUGUCUCCAAACAAUACUGAAUUAUUUAUAGUAUUAAAUGUACACCAUUCUGUAGUGUGUGUGGCUAUGCAAUAUGUGUGUGUGAUAGUAAAAGUGGAUUUGGGAUCGAAGUAUCCAUAGCUUAUCAUGAUGAUUAGUUGUUUACUGUGGUGCUGAUCCCAAUGCUCACAUAAAAUUUAUAUACUGUAUGUGCAGCCUUCCCUAUUUACUCAUAUGGCAAGGCAGUCCUCAUAAGUUCUGUCUGGAGAACUACAUCCUCUAUUGAAAUUAAUUAGGAAUCUCUUGCAUGUGUGGAAAUCUGAUAGAUGCAGGAGUGCGUCGGUAUCUGUACAUGUUCUGGAUGAACCUGUGGUUUUCUCUCCAGACCCCAAAGAAAGCCCAUUCAUUGUAUUUAAAUAAAUGGAUGCAUCCAUUUUAUUGUUCAACCCAAGUUCCAAGAUGUUAACAUAAACUGACAUGGAAGACUCACAAUAUCCAUCAGCUAAAAUGAUUAAUUUUACCUUUUUCAAACAAGCAGAUUUUCAAUGCCAAUAGUGCAUUUAUGACUGAACAUAUUCAUAAUGCUACCGGAAACUUUUAGGCCAAAAUACAGCGUGCAGAACUAUUUUUUUUAAAUUCUCAUAUAAUGAAAUCUCUCCUGUAUGCUUUUGUAUGAAAAGAGACAACCCCUCUAGAGUUUUCAGUGACUUGGCAGUAUUCUGUAUUGUAGCUUCUUUAUAUCUUGACAAGAAUAAGGAGAAAGUAGGAAAGGAAAAAAGAAAAAAUUAAAGGCUCUUGCAUCUUGUUUUGACAUGAUUAUGUUUUAAGGGCUCUAAUUAGUUGGGCUAAUAGAUGUUGGCUUGGAAACUUUGCUUAGUCUCACAUGUUACUGUUGUCUGGGGACAUCUGAGCUUCUUUGCAGAAGUAGAAACAGCACGGUAUUGUCUUUAUGCAGUUUCAUUCUGCCCAUUCUUGCACCCACUGGAGUGCUGAAUAAUGUGCUGCUUCAGUGUAGUGGUACAGCUAGGGGACAACAGAGUGCAAGACGCAUGCAAGAACCAUGGAGGAUACAAUUGUGCCCUUGAUGUUAACAAUGUGCCUUUUGUUAUAAACAACACCAUGUUAUGGAGCAUGCAACUUUGUCUCUUUAACUCUUUGAAUGCUAUGCUAUGUAGUAAGGUUGAAAUCUAUUUUUUUUAAAUACCACAUUUGUCUUUAAUAAUGUCCCUUUGAGCAUAAUCCACCAAGAGACAUCCCUGCAGUGGUUUUUCUGCAGUGAAAUUAAUGAUAGUUCUACUAGACUGUGUUCUGGGAUGAUUCUCAUUUAUUUCAUUUGGGCAGCAGCAGGAGAUGUUUCUGGUUGAUUUUGCCUGGCAUUUUCAAGGCCUUAAUAUAGAUCAUAAGGCAAUCGUACUACUUAGCAGAGACAGAAUACUCUGUUGUAAGAAUUUUCAUGUUCCUUCAAAGGUUAAAGAUGGCAUUUCAUAGUAAGUAGUUAGCUGUAACUUUAACAUCAGACUGAUAUUUUUUAAAUAACUAAUUUCCUUUUUGUUACAACAGCACUAGACAGAAUCAACUGUAUUUGCAAAAAGGAAAAUAAAUUACCUCAAACUCUUUAAUUUUAUAGUAAGAAUUAAUCCCAGGGCAUUUGGUAUGAACCAAAGUGCAUUCCUUUUCUAUGUGUCUGGCUCCAAUAAAAUGUGGCCAGGGAUUUUUACAAAUUGGGUGCAAAGGCAUUUAAUGCCACUUUUACUUUGCUGGGUGCUUGGUGGUCAUGAAGCACUCUGAAAGAAUGUCUUUCUUUUCUUCCUUUCUUCCUUUUAUUAAAAAGUGCUUCAUGGCUUUUGCCAUUGAUUAGAAUGAGGCUUGCACAAAACCAUGUGCAGCUGGCAUUGAAGUGAAUGGAGACUGGAUAGCAACAGAGCUUGGGGAACUGUGUAGCAACAGGCUGUAUUGGGCUCUUUAGACACAUGUCAGAGUUCUUUUGAUUCUGUCUGUUUUUCAUAAACUUUUUCCCCCGAUCAGAAAUAGUUGGCUAGUAUUAUAAAUUCAUUUUUUAAAAAAUAAAAUAAAAAAAGGUUUCUGUGUCAGUAAAGAUUUCAGCAUUGCCCACUUGAAAUAAUGGUAGCAUUGAAAUAAAGCAUUUGUGUAUUGCGUUGUUUCUAGGGGCAUAUACAUCUCUUCUAUGAAAUACAAAUAUUUUUAAAGUCAUUGUAUUUACUCAGCUCAGUUGAACUGCUACAAUUAUGUCUAAGGUGUACAUUGGGGUAUUUUUUCAUUUUUUUUAAAAACCGAGCAACAACUUAGACACGUGACUGUAAUAUGCUGCAACUGUGUGUACUGAAAACAUGUGAAAAAAAAAAGAUUGAAUGUGGAUUGUGUAUAUAUGUAUGUAAAAUUUUGUGUGAAACGCUGCUGUUUUCACAGCCCCACUUCACAUUAAAUAUGUUGUAGGGGGUUUUAAUCCUUGUGGCCAGUUUUAUGAUACUUAAUGUAUUGUAUAGCUGAUGACAGGAGUUAAGACUAUUUUAGUGAAUAUUUGUUACAUUUAUUGUUGUGGCCAGAGAUCAUUUCAGAAUAAAAUUUUAUGUCCUACAUAAA